CUACAAUAACUGAAGCAACCAGGAGGAUUUGCUUGGGGUUUACAGCUGUAUGAGGAUACAGGAGUGGGGAUUUCCCCAAUUCAUGCCUGUGGGAAUGAGGGCAAUACCAAUGCUUCUUCUGCUGCUAUUAGCAUUCAUGCAGAGGAAAAACGCUGCUGUCACAGGACAAUCGGCAAGUAAUGAAACAACACUGACAUCUGCACUAACAUCAGAAACAGCAACUACUACUGCCAUGGUAACAACAACUACAACUCCCACAACUACUGAAACAACUCCCACCCCAACGACAACUGUCACAUCAACCACAACCGAAACAACGACAACUCCCACAAUGAGUGAAACAACUGCCACUCCAACGACACCUGUAAUAUCGACCAACAUGGAGACAACUGCAACUCCAGCUACUACUGAAACAACGACCACCCCAACGACAACUGGCACAUCGACCACAACCAAGACUACUACGUCUCCAACUACGACUGAAACAACUACCACUACAACGACAACUGCAACACCUUUAACGCCAACAACUACUGAAACAACGACAACCCCAACGACAACUGUCACAUCGACCACAACCGAGACAACUACAAGGCCAACUACUACUGAAACAACUACCAACCCAACGACAAGUGUAGAAUCGACAACUGAGACAACUACAACUCCAACAACUACUGAAACAACGACCACCCCGACGACAACUGUCACAUCGACCACAACCGAGACAACUCCAACUACUACUGAAACAACUACCACCCCGACGACAAGUGUCUCAUCGACCACAACCGAGACAACUACAACCUCAACUACUACUGAAUCAAUUACCACUACAACGACAACUGUAACACCUUCAACGCCAGCAACUACUGAAACAACGACAACCCCAACGACAACUGUCACAUCGACCACAGCCGAGACAACUACAACUCCACCUACUACUGAAUCAACUACCACUACAACGACAACUGUCAUAUCGACCACAGCCGAGACAACUACAACUCCACCUACUACUGAAACAACUACCACCCCAACGACAAGUGUAGAGUCUACAACUGAGACAACUACAACACCUUUUCCGACUGAAACAACGACCACCCCAACGACAAUUGUCACAUCGACCACAACCGAGACAACUACAACCUACCACCCCAACAACAUCUGUGGAGUCUACAACAGAGACAACUACAACUCCAACUACUACCGAAUCAACUACCACUACAACAACUGUAACACCUUCAACGCCAACAACUACUGA